GCGCACUCGCCAUGGCAAUGGGUGGCGGCGGCGGCGUCCCGGAGCGGGAAGACGCCGUGCUGUUCCGGCGUGGAACAGGCCAGAGCGACGACGCUGACAUCUGGGAUGAUACGGCACUGAUCAAGGCCUACGAUAAAGCUGUAGCUUCCUUUAAGAAUGCUCUAAAGAAUGGAGAAAUUUGUGAAGCUACUGACAAACCAAAACUCACACCUAAAAGAAAGCCUACUAAGAAGAAAAAGAGCCAGAAAAAGACCGUCACGACUCCACUGAAGCAGUGGAAAGUUGGUGAUAAAUGUUCCGCCAUUUGGUCAGAAGAUGGCUGCAUUUACCCAGCUACCAUCACUUCAGUUGAUCUUAAGAGAGAAACUUGUGUUGUGGUUUACACCGGAUAUGGAAACAGAGAGGAGCAACAUCUGUCUGAUCUACUUCUCCCAACCUUUGGAGGAGUUCAUAAUGUAGACCAGAAUGCUCAAGAGAAUGAAAACGAAAGUCAAAUUUCAACAGAUGAAAGUGAAAGUUCCUCCAGGUCUCUUGGAAACAAACCAAAUACCAAGUCUAAAGCGGCACCAUGGAGCUCCUUUCUACCUCCACCCCCCCCAAUGCCGGCAUCCGGGAUGGGGCCAGGAAAGCCAAGCCUCAAGUUCAAUGGACCACCCCCUCCCCCACCACCUUUUCUAUCAUGCUGGCUACCUCCAUUUCCUUCUGGCCCACCAAUUAUCCCCCCACCACCUCCCAUUUGCCCAGAUUCUCUGGAUGAUGCCGAUGCUCUGGGAAGUAUGCUGAUCUCUUGGUACAUGAGUGGCUAUCAUACUGGCUAUUACAUGGGUGUCAGACAAAAUCAAAAAGAAGGAAAGUGUUCGCAUUUCAGUUAAGGAGUAACACUGUCUCCAAAGGAGAAUGCUAUUUUGAUGUUCCCUGGUCAAUAUGAAAAACAUCCUUUUCUUCGAGAACACUUGGUUGGAUAGCACAGUCUGCAUUGUUUCCAGUUCCGGGCUUACAUCACCAACGAAGUGUUUUUAGAGUAGGAUUUCUUUGAAUGACUGAACAAUGGAGAUGUGGUUCAUUAAAAGAAACUCUUGGUCACAGAGUGCAUAAAAGUCAGUCUGUGUCAAAAUUAGAAUUGAGGGUGUUUUUAUAUUGUAACUUUCUUAGCAUGCUAAAUUUUUAUUAAUGCUAUAAAAAAUAAAUGUGAUAUGCAAGUC